AUGUCACAAGAAAAUAAUACAGCAGAAACUGCGAAUGUUACUUUCGGCACACCAACCCUCGACGAUUGGAAGUUCUAUUUACAUAGCUUAAAAGACGCGCCGUUAGAGAAGCAGGCAAUCUUGCCAGAGUCGUCGGAAGAAUCGUCCUUUGAGUUGGAAGAGAGUUUUCGAACACUCUUGGAACGCAAACGCAACGAAAUGGAAGAUAAGCAAUCGACAGACGAAAACAAGAUUGCAGACCGUGGCGUUGCCCAUCCCACGGGUGGUUGGAUCGGCGAAGAUUCCACAUUUGUCGAAGGAGACUCGAUGAGCAAAGUGUCGGAUACCAGCUUCGAGGAACUGGAACAAAUUUGUGUUUUACUCGAAAAGGCCAACCGUGUUGCCGAUUCGGUUGAAAAGCUGUCUUCAAAACCUUCCGGCAGCGCAUCGGGUUUAGGUGACGUCACGCAGAUCGAUGACAUCGACGAACCUUCCGAGUUGUGGGAACACUCUGUGCUACCUGGGGCUGAGGUUCUAUCACCGGUGAAGCGAAUGCACAUAAUGCGACCUUCCACCAUCAUCGAGGAAUCGUCAAUCGGUGAAAAUGGUAUUUCGGUUGAUAACAAUUCAAUGGAAACGUUUGACUCGGCAAAGCAAGUACUCACUGAGGAAAACAACACCAAAAGCAUCAGUGGCAGCGAGGUUUACCGCACAGCAGAGGAAUCUUUUCCGUUGAAUACGUUCUCUACUGGCGAUUCAGACACUCGCAUAGAUUUUGAUGUCACCGGUCAAAAUGCAGUUGUUAUUGAUAUCGAUAGUUCGAGCGAAGUGGAAGAAGAGCCGAGCACAUACGAGGAAGAAGUGGUACAUGACAAUAGGGAAUCUGCCCUACAACUAGGUCACGAGGACGAGUCGUUUUCUUAUGUUUUGGAUGAAAUUCCGGAACAUUUCAAUGAUACCCUCGAGGAAACAGACUUCAUGAUGAAGCAAGGGAUGAAGCUUUUGGCUAUAAAACAACGACAGCAACAACGUGCGGAAGACGACCAUCACCAGGAAACCAUACAAAGCAAACCAGAAUGCGAAACUCAAUUUAGUGGUUCUAAUAUUCACUCGAACCAGUCUCCCAAACUAAACGCUCAUCAUCAUCCCAAACCCUUCGUGAAGACCGCACAAACGUUGAAAGUUCACACUCCACUAGAGAAGAACGCCGUUAGAAUGGUGGCAUCCGCCUCUAAAAUAACACCUUUCGCUGUGCGUUCGAAACACAAUACUCCAUCAGGACCUGGAAGCGCCGGACAGAAACAAACUCAUUUUUCUAGUGAUGGGAAGUACGGAUCUAGAAAUCUUCAUAACACGUCCGUAGCAUCGAGUGCGCCGUUCAAAAAGCCCGUUUCUCGCUUGCUGCCACUUAAACUUGGGCGCAAGUUUGACCACAUCCAAUCUCCAAUCGGUGCGUAUAUUAAGAAGACACCCAAAAGCUUACUCCAAGCAAAAAUCACCUGUCCGCAGAAGGAUCUGAUCGACGUGCUGCACAACGAGCACGGUCGUGACAGUGAGACAAGCAUCAAGGAAAACUGUGGAACCACGCUGACUAAUAGAUUGAAUGUGAAAGGUUAUACCUCUUCCAUUCCCGGAAAGGGUGUCGUAAGCACCAAUCGUCAACACGUUUUAGACGAGCGUGAUUGGAAGCGCAUUCCAGGCGGUGCAAAAAUGCAUAAGUUGAUCAACGGUUCGCCGUCUUCCGUCAUACGCCACGAAGGGCGCAUUCGGUAUGCGGCUGGUUCCGGUGAUGUGGCAGGCGUCCAGAAGAAGUUCGAUAAUAUGGCUGAAGACGAUAGUAUGGCUGAUUUGUCCGUAGCUUCUAGCGAGGUUUCGGUGCGAAUCUUGAAAGAUGCAAAGCGAUACUAGAGCACUGCUAAGAAGUUUAUAAAUCAUGAAAUUUGGCUCAAACAAACUAAUAAAUAAGAAAAACAUGC